AGAGCAGCCGCCGGCGGCCCAGCCCGGCCCUGCCCCGGCGCAGCAUGGCUAAGCACCACCGCACUCCGGCGCGCAGCCCGGAGCCCGUCAUCGAGGUCAAGAGCAAGUUUGAUGCCGAGUUUCGCCGGUUCGCCAUGAAGCGCUCCACCAUCGGUGGCUUCCAGGAAUUCUACCAGAUGAUUCAGACAGUCCACCAGAUCCCCUCCGUGGACGUUCUUCUUGGGUAUACGGACGUCCACGGAGAUCUGCUGCCCAUCAACAAUGACGACAAUUACCACAAAGCACUCUCGUCUGCCAAUCCUCUCCUCCGGGUCAUCAUCCAGAAACGGGCAGAAGCUGACACCAGCGUCUUUGCCUCCAACUCGCUGCAGCGGAAGAAGAAGGGCCUGCUGCGGCCCGUGCACCAGCGCGCCAAGCCCCACCUGCUGAUCGGCAUGCCCCAGGAUUUCCGCCAGAUCUCCUCCAUCAUCGAUGUGGACAUUCUGCCCGAGACGCAUCGGCGGGUGCGGCUGCACAAGCACGGGUCCAACAAACCCCUGGGCUUCUACAUCCGGGACGGGGUCAGCGUCCGCGUGGCCCCCCACGGGGUUGAGAAGGUGCCCGGGAUCUUCAUCUCCCGCCUGGUCAAGGGGGGCCUGGCCGAGAGCACCGGGCUGCUGGCCGUGAACGACGAGAUCUUGGAGGUCAACGGCAUCGACGUGGCGGGCAAGUCCCUGGACCAGGUCACGGACAUGAUGGUGGCCAACAGCCACAACCUCAUCAUCACGGUCAAGCCGGCCAACCAGCGCAACAACGUAAUCCGCAGCAGCAAGGCCUCGGGCAGCUCCGGCGUGUCCACGGACAGCACCCCCAGCCAGCAGACCCCCAGCCCGGCCUCCCAGUACCUGAGCAACUGCAGCACGGCCGAGGGGGAGAGCGACGAAGAGGGCGACCUGGUGAUCGAGAGCGACUUGCCUGCCGGUUGUCCCAACGGAGGCCUCCUCGAGAGUCUGCAACACAGCCUCUCCCUGUACAGCUCUCAGGGCUCGCUGCCUUCUCUGAACAGUCACAGCGGCAGCGGAAGCCCGAUCCGGGGCAGCCGAGCAGGCAGCCUCCGGGAGGAUGGUACGGUCAUCACGCUAUAGCCCUGGGCGCACACACACCCCUCCCUGUGCCCUGCAUCGCAGCGUUUCCAAAGGUCGGUUUGGUGACUGCCUUAUUCCUAGCCAGUGGGACUGGAAUCUGGGGCACGGGCAGGGUUUCUCCAUCUGGGUCCCGAGUCACUACCCCAGUCUGACCUCUCCGUGCACACUGCCUCCUCCCGAGCGCAACGGGUGCUUUCUCCAGCUGCUGUGGCAAAGACGGCGGCCGGGAUCGGAGCAAUAGGGGGGGGCGGGAGCAAUCCACUUUCCUCGAGUCCCCUUCUUCCUCCUCCCCAUCGAACCAAAGUUAUGGGGUUUUUAUUACCUUCCUUCUCUCUUCCCGUCAGCCCCCACCCCACCCCCGCCUGUGCUCCGGGUGGAAAGAGGGGGCUGCCCCCCACGGACGCAGACGAUCCCUGCCCCG